GUUCAAGAAUGAUAUAACUUUAUAAGAACUACAUUCAAAUCAACGAUACUCAAAUUAAAUCAUAGAAAAAGGAUAUUAUUAAGUUAAAAACUUAAAUAAUUAACUAUUAAUUAUAUCACAUUGUAAAUAACACUCGUACACAUCUGUUAGUUUAUAUAAUAUAAUAACUUUUUAAUUUGUAUAGUUAAAGUUAAAGUUAAAGUUAUAGUUAAAGUAUAGUUAGACUGUAGUAAAAAUGUUAAGACCCAAAGUGUUGUCCCAAGUUUUAAGUCAAGCUAAUAGCAACGGUGUUGAAAACACCAUGCUAUUGACACACGAUGGAAGCUUAUUAGCUUUUAGUGGUUAUGGUGAUAGAGAUUCAAGCAUCACAGCUAUAAUUGCAGCUAAUUUGUGGAAUACUUAUCAUAAGAAUGGUUUAGCCACAUUGAAAGAGGAUCAAUUGCAACUGGUUCUCAUGGACUGUACGGAAGGCAGAAUUGCGAUUAAACAAGUUGCCAACAUUUUAUUAUGUUUGUAUGCAAAUCGAUCAGUGGAAUUUGGUUUACUUAAAGAAAAAAUAACAGCUUUAUCCUCAUAUUUGGAUGGUCCACUCAGGCAAAUUUCAGCAUCUUAACAUGAGAAAUUCAACAAUUAUCAAUUAUAAAUAUUAUGCUUUAGUUGUUUUAUAAUUUGUAUCACUAAUAUAAAUAUAUGUUAUAUUCAUAAAGUAUCAAGUAAUAUAUAUUUUAUUAUUAGUAAAUUCAUUUUUUUUUCAUGUAAAAUAUUUUUAUUUUUUCACAACUUGUAUAACAUCUUCAUCAUGCAUAAUAUGCUGCAGGCCCACUCUUUGAGGUGAAUAUUUUGUACUUGUACCCUAAAAAUAAAAUACAUAACAA